AUGCGUAACAGCCGCCACCUCCUGCUCGUUCCUCGAUCGUUUCCCGAUAGUCCGUUCUCUCUCUCUCUCUCUCUCUCUCUCUCUCUCUGUGUGUGUGUCUCCUCUCUCCGAUUGCGUCCCCAUUCUCUUCUCCGGGCGGUAUCCUGCUGGGAAUAUGUCGGGCAAAGGCGCGAAGGGCCUCAUCAUGGGGCGACCGACGGCGAACAAAGACAAGGACAAGAAGAAGCCCGUAUCCCGCUCUUCUCGCGCUGGCCUCCAGUUUCCAGUUGGCCGUAUCCACCGUCUGCUAAAGUCCAGAAUUGCAGCAAAUGGGAGAGUGGGGGCUACAGCUGCUGUGUACACUGCUGCUAUUUUGGAAUACCUGACUGCAGAGGUAUUGGAGCUGGCUGGAAAUGCAAGCAAGGAUCUGAAAGUGAAGCGUAUUACUCCAAGGCACCUGCAGCUUGCCAUCCGGGGCGAUGAAGAGCUGGAUACCCUCAUCAAGGGAACCAUAGCUGGAGGAGGUGUGAUCCCUCAUAUCCACAAAUCUCUCAUCAACAAGUCCUCGAAGGAUUAGUUCAAUCGCCAAGGCUCCACCUUUUGUUUUGGAUUGAUUAGAUUGCUCUUCUUGCUAAUAGCUACCCAUAUGAAAUUAUAGAAUCAUGUUAAAAGCCCGCGGUGGUUCAGUUUCUUGGACUUUUGCCUAUAUUUUGCCGAUCUUCAUGGCCUAAGGCUUACUUUGGAGCUCUAAUGCCUGGAGGACUAAAUUUUGCCUGCA